AUGGGCAACGAGGAGAGUUACCCCGCGGAGAUGUGCUCGCACUUCGACCACGACGAGAUUAAACGGCUGGGGAAGAGCUUCCGGAAGCUGGACUUGGACAAGUCGGGCGCGCUGAGCGUGCAAGAGUUCCUGUCGCUGCCCGAGCUGCGGCACAACCCGCUGCUGCGGCGGGUCAUCGACGUCUUCGACGCGGACGGCAACGGGGAGGUGGACUUCCAGGAAUUCAUCCUGGGGGCCUCCCUGUUCAGUGUCCGGGGAGGCGAGGAGCAGAAACUGAGGUUUGCCUUCAGCAUCUACGACAUGGACAGAGACGGCUACAUCUCCAACGGCGAGCUCUUCCAGGUGCUGAAGAUGAUGGUGGGCGACAACCUGAAAGACUCGCAGUUACAGCAGGUCGUCGAUAAAACCAUCAUCAUCCUGGACACGGACGGCGACGGCAGGAUCUCCUUCGAGGAGUUCUGCGCCGUGGUCCGGCACCUGGAGAGCCAUAAGAAGCUCGUGCUCAUCGUGUGA